AUGGGACACAAUGAUCUCCCUCAGUAUGUUCACUGGGUUGAAGUACUUGAACAUUCCCACAGACCUGUUCACUUGCGCAAAGGAGACUUUUACUCUUACCUGUCCCUGUCCUCCCAUGACAGUGACUGUGGAGAAGUCAGUCAAUGCUCUGAGGACAAGAGCCCCACCUCAAAUCCCAACAUCAUUCCCUCUUAUGUCACACCAGUCCAAGAGCUCCAUAGCACAGGCCCCAGAUGCAAACAGGAAACGUCAAUCUCUGAUUCAGCUGACUAUUACAAAUGCAAUUCUCCUAGGCUUAAUCUUAAGAACAUGUGCAAUCUUGACUUAAAGUCCACAUGCAUCCAUACUACCUGUGCUGCUGAUGGUAGGCUUGAAGAGGUUACCAGCCCACAUAUGACUCUGCCCAGCAGCCCUGAUAUCAGGGAUGAGGAGAUUCUGUUUUCAGUUUGCACAGAAGAAGUUUAUUUAGGUCCCCCUCUUUGCUACAGCAUGGUUCUGACUAAGAAACCACAGCGUGUCAUGAUGAAGCCAAGUGUAGUCUCAUCCUUUGGAGGUGGCCAUGAUGUGAAUAAAAAGGUACGUCACUUUCCUUGCUCAAAUGAUUAUCUUCAGUGGUUGUCUCAAGUAAGGACCAAUUCUAUGCCAGGUGACAGCCAGAGUGACUUGUCUCUCUCAAAGCAGGUUGUGGUGGAUCAAAGCCAGGAUUACCUGCAUUUCCAAGGAUCAGUUGACACUGAUGAAUCACCAAGGUCCUUGUCUCCUUUCCUCAAGCCAUGUUACAGCUCACCCUCCACCUCUCCACUCUUAAGUGACUCCACAACCAUCCAGGAGCCCAGCUCGGACCCAAUAGACAAGCAUUUGUCUCCUCCUCUUGUGUCAUCUGGUAUGGAGGAAGAGAAGCAAGGUGAGGACAUGUACCUCUGCUCUCAUGUCGCAGGAGGAGAAGCUGCAGCUGUUCGGGCAAAUAUGUUGCAAGAGGAGGAGAGUCAUAAUGAGGGGCCAUCAUAUCUUAAUCCCCGGGCGCAUGUCACUCUGAUAGACUCCUUCACAAGCGAAUAUUUGGCAGAUACCAAAAUCCUUGAAUCCAAUAUGGGCACUGUAAUGACCAAGAUAAGUGUCUGCAGCUCUACUACAAAUCCCUCAAAAGGGCCAGCCACAACCGCCAUGCGUAUUAAUCCCCAAAUUAACAGCUCAUUGAUGAAAAAGGCAGAUAUGAAGGCUUGUGAGAGACACAGAGAUGUAGAAACUCAACUGGUGAAGCAGAAAGAGAAGAAAGGGUGGAGCACCUCACAGCAGGAAGUAAAGACUGCAAUGGUGAAACAGCCAAUGCACCACGAGCCCGCCACAAUGACAAUAAACAUUAUAGCCAAAGUGUCACAGGAUCAGGCAUCCCACAACUAUACUGCUUACUCCCAAACAGAAAUCUCUCAACUACCGGGGAAGAGCAAAGGGGAAGGGAUAUCUUUCUCGGAGGUAAAGCGGGAAUCGGGAACUCCUGCAUCGGCUGACAGCAGCACUGAUACCACCCGUCAGCCUUCCAUGGCUGUUGACUUUAAGCAGAAGGGAGAUGUCACGCGCCAGAGAUACUGGGACCAUGACCUGGAGCAGCGGGGUUACCUUUGA